GCCAACUAAGCACAUGCCUUUAUACCCAACCCAACCAGCUCAGAGCUUCUGUUUGGGAUCAGGGAGAGAAAGGGGGAGCUCUAUUGACCCCUUUCUAUCAGCUCUGGGGGAGGGAGGUAAAAAGUGAAAAGGAUUUUACCUGCGUCAACAGAAACCUUCCAAAGUGAGGACCUGCUGUAAGAGCAUCAUAUGGUUUUUUUGGACAGUAGCCUAGUCUGGGUCUUUUCAGCGUUUGUCAGCGUGGAAGAGAGACAUCUGGCACCUGUCUCCUUGUUUGAACACCUAUCACAGGUAAGGCAAUGUUGGCCGUUUCACUCACAUCUUGUGUAUAUAAGAAGCUUAGAAGAGCUUUUAAAGUUUAGCAGAGAAAAUUAAUUCUUAUUUAUAUAUGUUUGGUUUUUUGUUUUUGUUUUUUUUUUAAGAAAAACCUGCUGGAAAGUUUUGAGGAUUUUUUUGUUUUAAUUUUGUGACAUUGAACAGUUUAGUAUUUAUUUUUGUAAAAUAAUUUUCCUUUUUUUUUCCCUCUCAAGUAUUUUAAAUGCACGUGUAAUUGUAUGUAACAGAAAAAAAUUAUAUGGCGAAGAAUUUAGGAUCUCUAACAUGUAUAAUGUGUCGAACACUUGAUUUUUCAGUUUCAUUUAAGAGGUCUUUCUUGGUCAACACAAAUCAUUUCACGCAUUGGUGUAUAUUUUUUAUAUUUAUUUUCAUUUAUUUGCUGGAAUUUGAGUUAAAUGUUAGCAAUCCUUUGUCACGUACACAUUUUUUAGAACUGGUUUAAAGAAAUUACCCGUGGCUUUUAUAUAUUUAAAGGUGUGUGCUUUGUAUUUGGAAGAAAUUUCUAAACACAAAUAAAAGAUCAUAAUAUGUACCUAAUUACAAACUUUUUAAGGAAGUUUUUUUUAUUUUGUUUUUGUUUUUACAAAGCAAACAAUAUAAAAAUAUAUUAUUAGUCAUAAAUAGUUAACAUACCUGCAGUUCUGCAAAAUGGGAAGUUGAGAUAUUAGUGGGAUGAAUGCCCAAGAUUUGUACAAGGCUUAUAGAAACAUUAUACUGACCAAAAACACAAAAUCAUAAUAAUCCAGUUUCACAUAAAAUUAUAAAUGAUGUUUCAUUUACUGUAUCCUAAUUUAUUUUAGGUUAAGAAAAUGGUCAGUUUAAACGGAAACAAACAAAACAUGUAGCGUCUAGGUUACUUUUUUUUAACCGAUGACACGUGUGUAUCUCUUCUGCCAGUCUGCUGUGUUUAUAUAUGAUUGAUACCACAGGCGGUAAUGUCAUCUGCUAGUUCUAUGUGUGCAAUGGGAAAAUAAUGACUAUGCAUACUCGGUUGAGUGAUAGCAGUGAUGGUCUGCACUCUAGAAAUGUUGGAAGUGAUAAAGCGAUAUGAGAUGUGAAAGCAUUUUAUGUAUCAAAGCAUUAGGCCAGUGGAUCUCAGCUGCGGGUCAACAACUUGAUGUUUGGCGUAUUAGGUCACCCAUAGAUUCUGGGCGAUUUUUUUUUUUUUAUGUUGACUUAAACACCAGCAUAUAUGGUUUAAUUGUAAAUAAUAAAAUUCUGUAUAAUUUAAACAGUUGGAGUCGUGGUACCAUAAAUUGAUAAGUCGGGGUGACGAUUUUAUGUGCCAACUCCACAACCACGGUGGUGACAUAUUAAACGUUCUAGUGUAUGUUAACCGAAUUGUUUUAAAUUCAAAGCUGAUUAAUAAACAGUGAACUAUGGCCAUUUACAGAUCAUUUAGGAGCUUUAGAAACAAAUGGCAUUUUUUUUUUUUAAUACAUAUACAGCAGUUUGUAACUCCAACCUUUUUUUUUCUACAGGUUCUCAUCUAGCUCCCACCUACAAUCAAGAUGUAUAGUUUCAUGGGAGGAGGUCUAUUUUGUGCCUGCGUAGGCAACAUACUACUGGUCGUAUCUACAGCAACUGAUUACUGGAUGCAAUAUCGUUUGUCAGGGGCAUUCGCCCACCAGGGUCUCUGGAGAUACUGUGACACUGCAAAAUGCUACAUGCAGACUGAGAGCAUUGGUACAUCAAUAUUUUUACUUAUUAGCAAGCUAAGCUUCUACUCAGUUAGCGAAAUUCAUUUGAAAAAUGUGCAAAAGAUAUAAAAGUGAGACCACUAGCGUUUUUCAAACCAGGCUGACAACGGCUUUUAAUAUACACCUUGAACGAUCACCAGGACUUAUAAAUGGAUCUAAAUAACUAUCAAAAUUAAACACAUUCCAUUUAUUGUAUUACAUUUGUUUGCUAGUGGAUCAGUGACAUUAUCUGACCUGAUCAUAUAUCUUAAAGGAACACUAAAGCAUAAGGAUUGCAAACAUGCAUUCAUAAUGCUAUCGUGAUGUAAAGGAAAUACCAACAAAUAGUGGGAAAAUACAAUUGAAAGAGUUAAAAAAAUAAACUUUAUUCAUUUUUAGUUAAAAAGAUGUAGAAAUAAAACAAAACCAUAAAAAGUGUGUGUACAAGCCUGAGAAGCCUUUGUGAGGUUGCUUUAUAUAAACUGGCUUGUUGUUCAAUAGAUUGCUAUUUUUAGUCAGCAGAGGGCUCUCCAGUCUCGAUUACAGUUAAGGAACAGGUUCCAUAGUACCAGCAAGCUGAGUAGUUUGUAUGAGACUAAAGUUUAUCAACAAAAUAAGCUAAGCUUUCCACUUAGUAUUCCAAAAAUGUAUAAUUCAAAAUAGAGUCUUGGAGGAAUCUGUCUUAGAAAGGUGAUACAGGCGUCUUGAUUUGCCUUUUGAUGGUGGUCCCCCAUUCACAGUAGGGCAUUCAGAUUAUGUCAGCCUUUUAUGUGCUCAAACUCUCACUACUCCAGGGCGGCAGCAAUGAUUAUAGUACACAUCAACCCCAAUACAUACAAUAAAAACAAAAGAAACAAAACGUUACUUGCGCACUAUCCCAAACCUAUCCCUAUGUACAUUUAAAUGUUAAUUCCUGUUACAGUCUGACAUGCUCUUAUGGCGGUGCACAUUCCUCAAUCACAUUAACAUAUUACCUCACCCGUGACUCACUACAACCAGCAUAUGUAAGUGUUAGCAUUUGUGUAGAGCUUGUCACAGUGACCUGCUAAAACAAUAUGGAAACAGGACUUCAGCCUUAUUGUGGCUCAUAUCCAAACAUGGUCUAAUACCAUUUAAAUAGCAAGCAGUGUGAUCUACAUUACCAAAAAGUGGGACAAAAAAAAGGUUGGAAAACCAUCUAAACAACACACCGUGCAUUGUGUUAAAGGUCACAAGGUCUCUUGCCUGACGUACGUUUCACUGCCGAAAAGCACCAUCAUCAGGGACCCACACUAAUUGGAUCUAGCACCAAAAUGUUUAAAUAUUUUGCUGAAUUUUACUAUUUUGUUCUGUGUGAAAAAGUCAGCCAGGUCUAAACUCUGGACUUUUGACACCAGAGUCCAACUAUCAACCUAUGUACUAUUGCUAUAGUGUUCUAGUCAUGAGUUACAUUCAGGGUCUCUCUAUUUGUCCUGUAAAUAAAUUGUGGGAUAAGAUUUUAUUUACCUUUCUUUCCAGUGCUUAGACUCACUCGGUGCUGCCACCUUCUCCCCUCUUCCCCCCCGUAACAUCACCCUUGAGGCAUCGAUUCCUGGCAUCUUGUCCAAUCCAAUGCCCCUCAUAGAGGAGAUGAGAUGGAUGAAAUCUAUUGAAUACAAUGCUUCCCUAUGAGCUGCAUUUGAUGAUUUUCGAUGAUCUUAUGGAUUUCGAACAUCACAUGGCCAAAAGAAACUCAAUCUUUGCAGUGCAAGGGCCUCUAGUGGCUGCUAGGAAGACAGCCGCUAUAGGAUUGUUUAACCUUUCAAUCAAAACGUUGUAUCUACUAAAGCACUAUGUCUUAAACUACAGUGGUCUGGGUUUCUUUAGUGGUCAUAACACCUGCUGUGUGUAUACAUAAUAUUUCCUGGUUAUGUAUGGAAGCAGGGUAGGGUACAAGAUGCUAUGCUGAGUAAGCCAGAGAUGGAUUACAACUAGCAUCUUUGAUUUUCUCUUAGAGUUUUAUACAUGAAUUUUGCAAGCGGUCUGUAAAAAUUAUCCUGUUCGCUUACAGCAGGAGUGGCCAAAACCCCAUUUACUGUGAGUUUAACGUCUUGUUCAUCCUUAGCUUACUGAGUAUCAGUUAGUGUUAGUGAUCGGUGAUGGACUAGUUUAGCACUACAGGGGUUUGUGAUUCUACUGACUAGCCAUUACCACCCCAUGCACUUAUUGUGUUUCUCUGUUGAACAUCGUAUAGUCCAAUGCACCCAAUCCUGUCUAUGUUCUCUUGCAGCUUACUGGAACGCCACACGGGCUUUUAUGAUCCUGUCUACUUUGUCCUGCUUUGCUGGUAUCAUCGCUGGAAUUCUCUCCUUCGCUCACUUCUCCACUUUCCAACGGUUUAACAGAUCCUUUGCUGCUGGGAUCAUGUUCUUUAUUUCCAGUAAGUGCAGUGUAUAAUACCAGAGAAUUAUACAGCGAGUUGAUCUCACUCCUCACUGCAUUCCUAUCUGCUUUCAGCAAAACCAUCAUGAUUGAGCGAUUUUGGUGCUUAGUGUCCCUCUUCAAUAUACUCAAUACUUGAUAGUUUGCUUAUAAAAUAUUUUUAUAUUAAUUACCAGAAUUCACUAAAAAUCACUGUAAAUGAUUUUAGCUUGUCUUGCAUAAAAUUUACAGCUACUUCCGAUCUUCAAAUAUCAGACAUAUUUUCCUAGAACUGAAUUAGCCAAAAGCAUAUUUUUAUUGCACAGGAUAUUCAGUUUGAUUUCAAGUCUAAAUGAGUUUUGCAUCAAAUAGAACUCUAGAUUAUCUCACAGUUGGCUGGGCCACUUUAAUAGCCACAUUAAGUAUUCUCUUCUUUACCUUGACCCUGUCCCCUCUUUUUUUUUUAAUUCUUUAUUUAUGAAGUAAAGGGUUCGGCAGUACAGAAGUAAAAAAAGAGUAUGAAAUGUCAUGGUACAGUGACAAACAUCACAAUACAAUACAUGUAAUCAGUUGUGCCUUGUCUCGUACAUAGUAUUAUAAACAAUAAUGUUGAUAAUCAGUUACAUUGUGGGCCAAUCUGCGCUUGUCCUCUUUCUUGCACUCACACUAACAAAAUGAUCUCUGUCUAUUACCAGCCCUGUUUGUGCUGUUGGCCAUGGCAAUCUACACAGGAGUAACCGUCAAUUUCCUUGGAAAGCGUUAUGGAGACUGGCGUUUCUCAUGGUCCUAUAUCUUGGGUUGGGUGGCUUUGCUUAUGACCUUCUUUGCAGGUAACUCAUGUGUGCGCUUAGAUUUUUAUGAUCCUUAUAAAGAAAUCUGUUAAUUAAACCCUGUACUCACACCAGAGCUCAAGACUAUUUAUUGCUUCAUUUAUCAAAGUAAACUGUGCAAAACUCUAGCCCUACUGUUUUGAUCCCUCCAUUACUUAGAGACUUUAACUCUUCGCAAUCAAUGCUUGGCAUCGCAUCCUGACUACUUUGAGGAAAUGCCUAUUCCUUAAUACUCAUUGUGAUACAUUUCAUAUCCCUCAUUACUUUCAUGAUUGUGUUGUCUUUAAUCUGUUGCUACUUGCAUGUUUAGUUCAGUUGCAUUUGAUGUUUUUCUGAGCUACUCAAAACGUAAAUAAAAAUUAUACCAACUCCAGAAACUAUGAUAGUAACAAAUAUGAGAGCCUGAAACAGGGUGUGUGUUUGUCAGGGCUUAUCAUUUGCACUAGCAGCUAGCCAUUGGCAAGUGAAUAUUUAGCCCUGGCGAGUAGAAAUCCGCUCCUGUUAAGUGUCAUGGACCCUCCAGGUUUGCCCCUAGCAUGUCAUUUUUAAGACCUGGCUAGUAGUGUAGGAAUUAUGGUAAAUAUGCAGGUAUGACACAUAUUUAUCAUUCCUUCUCAAUGUGUGACAUAUGUAAUGCACUCUAGAUGUGUUAAAGGGACACUGAAGUCACCAGAACAACUGCAGCAUGAUAUAGCUCUACAGGCCUUUUAAUGUAAAUGCUGUCUUUUCCGAGAAAAUACAGUGUUUACAUUGCUGCCUAGGGACACCUCCAGUGGCAGUCACUAAGACAGUCACUAGAGGUUCUUUCUGGGUCACUGACAUCUGCGAUUCCAUGCUCUGCAUGGAGACUCUGAACGUUCUUCAUAGAGAUGCAUUGAUUCAAAGCUGACUGGCACAUUGCGACGUUUUGCCACGAAUGCUCAAUAGCCUCCCACUGCUUUGAUAUAUGAAAGCAUUGGAUUGGCUGAGAUUGUCAGUUUUUAUGAUCUCAGCCAAGGAGCCAGAGUGAGGGCAGAGCCAGCCGUGGCGGAAACGUGCGGCACUGGAAUAAAGGUAAAUGUAUUACCUUGUUAAAGUGUGCCAAGUCGGGCCUGGGGCCUAAACUGCAUUUUAACGCUAUAUAGAGAGGAAUACAUGUUUGUAUUCCUGUCACUAUAGUGUUUCUUUAAAGUCAGAUAGUUUUCUAAAGGAAAUAUAUAUUCAUGCAUUAAAUGGCACUCUAGGUUAGAAUUAAGCUAUUCUUUAAUGAAUUGUUGCAUUUGAUAAUCACAGCGCUAGAGUAACACUCUACAGGGCCUGGUGCAGGAAACUCGUUUUGAAGUUUCUCAACCAUUCAACAUAACUGUACAUUCAAAUGUAAUGAGUGUUCUGUUACAGCUUUGUAAUGUUCUGACUGUAUGUAUGUGUUACUCCAUUAAAUGUAAAGAGAGUGAGAGAAUCAGAGACAGAUUACAUUACUAAGGUAGAUAGAUGGAUUGCAGUGCCUAUCACUUUUAGUCAUUCCCCCAAAAACCACAUACAUAUAGAAAUGGUGAAUUGACAAAUUGCUACAAACCCACAAAUAUGAUGAAACUUCCUGAUGGAGCUUUUUGUAUAGUUCAGCUUGAAGAGUGAAGCAAUUUGCAAGUAGGGAGAUUAUAAUAUGUGAAGUGGCUUAUAGGAGAGGCCAGACUUAUCUGCAGAAAAAAAUGACCAGAAGUUUAAUUUUCUAUAUCUGAUGGGUUUACAUAUUGACGUUAGUACAGUGCAAGUACUCGGCCAUACUUAAUUGCAUAAUUUUUAAUUCAUUCUAUUAUGAGCAAUUUGCAGACUGGGUUUCAGCUUGGUACAGUUCUGAGUUUAGUAAUAACCCUGUAUAUAUUUGUUUUUAUCUCCGAAUAUUACCCAUUGCCCCACCUUGAGUUGUCUGAUCACACUUCUUUGUGUCAUUGCAGGGAUAUUUUACAUGUGUGCUUAUAGGAUGCACGAGUGUCGGCGAGUGACGGGACCACGUUAACGCAACACGAACAGUUGCAUGACACCUCUCGGAUAAAGAAAUCAUCCUUCAAAGGAAAAAAGGAAGCAGCUACUUAUAUUUUAAUCUUCAUUAGCCAAUUGUGUUUGCACUUCAGCAGUAAGGUGACCAUUAUAUAAGUUUUAGAGUUGAUUAUUAGAAGAAAAUUAAGAAAUCACUGUAGUGAUUAUUUGAUAUGAUUUUUGCCCUUCAAAUCACAUUUUAACAGGAGUAACACGGUAUUUAUUGAUAACAAACAUAGGACCUAUUUAGCAAUGUCAAACUGCAGCAUUUCUGUCACAAAAUGUUAAUAUGAUACAAACGGUAAAAACACUAACGGUGGUCACUAUGCUUUCAGCUAAGUGGCUCUAAAAAUGUAUAGUAUACAAAAUAAACCCAGUUGUUGGGGCCUUCGCUAUUUGGAUGUUGUUUGACUACAUUGCUUGCUUCUAGUGAAACAAUUUUAUUUGGCAAAGACAGAGCGAUCACUUUGUUCCAAAAUUGUACCUAUUUUGCUUUGAUAGGUAUGGUCCACGGGGCAAAUUUGUAGAAAACAACACAUAAGCCACUUCCAUAAAAAACAAUAUAUAAUUAAAGUUUUCCUCAAAUGACAAAAAAUAUUCUGAUCAAAACAAAAACAUAUGACCAAUUCUAUAUGACAUAUGACAUAGGUGUCUUCAGUUUUAAGGUGAUUCCCUCAUCUAAUCUCUUGAUGGUAUGAUGUAUGUGUCUUUUCUUAAGUCCUUUUAGGUUUUCUCCUGAAUGAAUAAUGGGAUUGAUGUUUGCCCAAGUAACAUAACAAAUUUCAUCCAGUUAGAUACAAGUGAUGAAUCCUGUUGGGCAAAAAACAUUUUCCAGGCAACACAGGCGUCCAUUAGAAGUCCCCAACAAAUCUUGGUUUCAUGCAGAGUUAAACAAAUAUUGUUUUGAAAGACUGACACUGAAUCUGUCAAUGAAAUUUGCGUUAAUAAAUUUCUGAAGAAUCUAAUAUCUUUUAGAACUGGUUAUCUGUGUACUUUUGGAUCAGAAUACUUUUUUGCACUUUGAGCGAAGUUUUUUAUUUUAAGUGUGGCUUUAUCUCAUCUAAGCUAUAUAUUGUCUUCUACACUUUUGGUUUAUUGCUUUAUAAGUCAGUUGGUGUUCUAAUCACUAGAGCAGCAACCUGUUUAUUUUCUGAUACCCUGCACUCUGUCUUUUUCACCAUAGUACAAAUCUAAAGGACUAUUACUGAAAAAAGUGAAGCCACGUGCUUACAUGUAGAUGUGUGUGUUGACUUCUUUACAAAAUCUGGGCUCGACAUUUGGCUGUUUUUUGCCUAAACUCUUAAUAAAUAAACCCAUAGCCUGCAUAUACCCCACACCGAGAUGAACAGCCUCUGUUCACUGCAUUUGAAUAUUCAAUAGCUGAUUUUGUUUAUUAAAUGAACAUUAUUUAUUUAGCUUUAUUUGAUGUUUAUUCACUAAACCAUAACUUGUAUUGAGUCAACAGUGAAGUUCCAAAAACCACAAAUUUGGGGUAAAUUUUCAGAGUCAACAAUUUUUAGUCUAGAUUUACAGCAUUCCACCACUCAAUAUCUACAGAAUAAACAUCUUGGAAUUAUUGCUA